UACUUAUUCGUGGGCCCCAAUUUCACGAGAAGCAAAACUGACCAGUUAGGUCGAGCUUAGGCAGAGCAAAACCAAUUCUUUCUUUUCUUUUACCCUCUUCGCUUCUUUCUUCACACUUCGGAGAGUGAGAGUGUGACUCAGCAAUUCACACAAACAACGAUUGGUUUGAGAUUGAGUUGAAGUUGAACAUUCAAAUUAAAAGCAUUGAGAAUCAUCGAUAAUCACCAAUCACUUCCUCCAAUGGAUUUCUCAUCUUCUCUCCCUCCUACUCUGCACCUCGCCAUGGCGGCGUUGCUCGGAGCCUCAUUCAUGGCCAUCUCCGCCUUCUACAUCCAUCGCCGCACCGUCGACCACGUACUCCACCGUCUCGUCGAAAUCCGCCGCGCACCUCUCGACGCCGAUGAAGACGGCGGCGGCGACGACGACGACGAUCGAAGCAGGUUCGGCCUUGACGAAGGAGAGUCGGAAACGGAAACCGGUCUCAGAAACUAUCACGGAACUUCGUCGAGGUCCGUAGACGAGAACUCAAACGUACUUCAGAGCUAUAGGAUUUCGUCUUCUAUGCCGAACGUCGUUUCCGCAACGGAAUGGUUCCAAGAGGACCCUAGGAAUCGUGCUUCGUCACUCGAUAAUCUCGAAUUCGUUCCUUUGGGGCUUCCGUCUCUUCGAACGGGUUUGACUACCGGAGAGAAUGCUCAGUUAUCGUGCUCCUAUAAGAGAAUAGCUUCUGUUGGUAGAAUUAAGACCCCGAGAUCACCGGGGCGUAACACAUUCGAAAGCGCAGAUGAUUCUGAUGAGGAGGGAACACAGCUUGCUGAUGACACUCGCAUCCCUUUCUCAAGUUCUUACGGAAUGAAUUCAAACAUGUGCAGUUUGUCUGGUGUUCCAUUCAGAGUGGAUGAUGCAAACUGUGCAAAAACUCAGAUGUAUGGAGAGGUUUCAAAGGAAGCAAAAGCUGGUUCAGAUAUGAACGGUGGUGGAAUGACAGAUUCAACUUCAGUACAUGUAGCUGGGGAUGACCUUGUGUUUGUCAAUAAUGUCUUGCCUGCAAGAAGCAUAGGGCAUGAGACAACAAAUAUAGAAGAAGAGGAAGUAUGCAAAAUGAUUCGAGAAUGCUUAGAUUUGCGUAAGAAAUAUGUUUACAAGGAAAAUGUUGUUCCAUGGAAGGCUGAACCUGUGGCAGCUAACUCUGACCCGUAUCACUUUGAACCAGUUGAAGCAACAGCACACCACUUUAGGAUGGAAGAUGGAGUAAUACGUGUUUUUGCAAAUAAAACUGACACUGAAGAGCUCUUCCCUGUUGCAAGCUCAACCAGAUUUUUUACUGAUAUGCAUUACAUUCUUAAAGUUAUGUCAAUUGGGAAUGUUCGCUCUGCAUGCUACCAUAGGCUACGAUUUCUUGAGGAAAAAUUCCGCCUUCAUCUAUUACUAAAUGCAGAUAGGGAGUUUUUGGCCCAGAAAAGUGCGCCACACCGGGAUUUUUACAAUAUUCGAAAAGUUGAUACACAUAUUCAUCAUUCUGCUUGCAUGAAUCAGAAGCAUCUCCUUCGCUUCAUCAAGUCAAAAUUAAGGAAAGAACCUGACGAGGUUGUUAUCUUUAGAGAUGGAAAGUAUAUGACACUUAAGGAGGUUUUUGAGAGUUUGGAUUUGAAUGGAUAUGAUCUGAAUGUUGAUUUGUUGGACGUCCAUGCAGAUAAGAGCACAUUCCAUAGAUUUGACAAAUUCAACCUAAAGUAUAAUCCUUGUGGACAGAGCAGACUCAGAGAGAUAUUUUUAAAGCAGGAUAAUCUUAUCCAGGGAAGGUUUCUGGCUGAAGUAACAAGGCAAGUUUUGUCAGAUCUUGAAGCAAGCAAAUAUCAGAUGGCUGAGUAUAGGAUCUCUGUUUAUGGAAGAAAACAGAGUGAAUGGGAUCAGCUGGCUAGUUGGUUUGUCAACAAUGCUCUUUAUAGUAAGAAUGCUGUAUGGCUGAUCCAGUUACCACGGUUAUACAAUGUGUACAAGAACAUGGGAAUUGUUACCUCCUUUCAGAAUAUUCUGGAUAAUGUGUUUAUUCCUCUAUUUGAAGUCACAGUAGAUCCAAAUUCUCAUCCUCAAUUACAUUUGUUUUUGAUGCAGGUGGUGGGAUUUGAUCUUGUAGAUGAUGAAAGUAAACCUGAAAGGCGUCCAACUAAGCACAUGCCUUCACCAUCUGAGUGGACAAAUGAAUUCAAUCCAGCAUACUCUUAUUACCUUUAUUACUGCUAUGCAAAUUUGUACACUCUCAACAAGCUGCGUGAAUCUAAAGGAAUGACCACAAUAAAGUUGCGGCCUCAUUGCGGAGAGGCUGGUGAUAGUGAUCAUUUGGCUGCUGCCUUCCUCCUAUGCCAUAACAUUUCUCAUGGGAUUAAUUUACGUAAAACUCCAGUUUUGCAGUAUUUGUAUUACCUUGCACAGGUUGGAUUAGCUAUGUCACCGCUUAGCAAUAAUUCCCUUUUCUUGGACUAUCAUCGCAAUCCAUUGCCCAUGUUUUUCCAGCGAGGUCUAAAUGUCUCUCUCUCUACGGAUGAUCCAUUGCAAAUUCAUUUGACCAAAGAGCCACUGCUAGAAGAAUACAGUGUUGCAGCAAAGGUGUGGAAGCUCUCUGCCUGUGACCUGUGUGAGAUAGCUAGAAAUUCUGUCUACCAAUCUGGAUUUUCACACCAAGCCAAGUUACACUGGCUUGGGAAUAAAUAUUUCUUGAGAGGUUCUGAAGGAAAUGAUAUUCAUAAGUCAAAUGUUCCCAAUCUGAGGAUUUCCUUCCGAUAUGAGACAUGGAAAGAGGAGAUGCAGUAUAUUUACGCUGGUCAAGCUACCUUUCCUGAAGAUGUAGACCCAUGAAACAAACCAAGUGAAAUUCACGAUUCACCCCGUGUGAUCUAUGACGCUAACGCAGUUACUUUGAUCAAUGUUCUUUUGAGAAGCAGCGGCUUUGUCAGUGACAGGUUAUUCUAACGUUUAAGCAACGGUUUCUAAUCAUAACAUGCCAUCUUGCCAGUCUUGGUUCGUAUUUACCCCAAAUAAUAAUUAAAAGAUCUACUGUGGCAAGUGCAUUUGCAUUCGUACUUUUACGUUAGCAGGAACUCUUCUUUAGUUAGUUAUUUAUUAGAAGUAACUAUUUAAUUAUUAUAAUACAAUUCUGAUCUUCACGAAUAUGAAUGAAUACAUUGUAUGAUCCUUGUAACAUAAAUAUGAUAUGCAGAAUGAAAUAUGCUCUUGAAACUGUUUUAUUUAAAUUCUCGAGUCUACUCGUUGCGAAACAAAAUCGCUACUCUGCUGUCCAUUUACUGUCAUUUACAUUAGGCAGACAAAGAGAGUUUGAGUAAAAUAUAUAUCGUUGACGCUUUGAUUAACCCUUCUAAAGUCACGAAGGCACUAUUCAUUUCUUUAAUUAAUGGUAUUUCUUUGCUC